AGUGCGGCUUCGAAGGCAGGAGGAGCCCCUGCACGCGCAGCUCUCUGCCUGCCCCUCUCUCUCUUCGCUUCCGGCGCCUCCAAAAGACACUACCUGGCCCCGCCCCUUGCGUGCGGGGCCGCGCCUCGUGCCGGACAAUAGCGGGUCUGCCGCAGCCGAGGGAGGGAGAACAGGGAGGGGAGGGACUGCGCGGACGCGUGUGUGUCUCACCCAAAUCAGCCCGACGCCGCAGUUCGCAGCCACCUGGGCCCGCUCGCGGAUGCCAAUGAGCGGCGGCAGGCGGCCGUCGAGGCUGCGGAGCUGACUGGGGAGCCCGGAGCCGAGACUCGCCGCUUCUUCUUCCCUUUUUUUCUUCCUCCUCCUCCGCGGCAGCCGUUUCCUUUCUCGAGACUUCGUUCCUUCUCAGCCAGCCUGCAUCGGAGCCCGUGGAGCGGGGUGGCUCGGGGGUGCGCUUGAGGUCUCGCUGCCCAUCUUGCCCCCUUCCCAGUACCGGGACAGGUGAGGGCGGUGGGCCGGGCCUCGCCUCGGCCUGGCUUUUGCGGACAGCCCCGGAGGCGAGGUGGCGCCGGCGGUGCUGCCUCCGUUUCAAUGGAAGUAUGUUACCAACUGCCGGUGCUGCCCCUGGACAGGCCGGUCCCGCAGCAUGUCCUCAGCCGCAGAGGGGCCAUCAGCUUCAGCUCCAGUUCCGCGCUCUUCGGUUGCCCCAACCCCAGGCAACUUUCCCAGAGACGCGGGGCGAUUUCUUAUGACAGUUCUGAUCAAACUGCAUUGUACAUUCGCAUGCUAGGAGAUGUACGAGUAAGAAGUCGGGCAGGAUUUGAAACAGAGAGAAGAGGUUCUCAUCCAUACAUUGAUUUCCGUAUUUUUCACUCAAAUUCUGACAUUGAAGUUUCUGUGUCUGCAAGAAAUAUCCGAAGGUUACUGAGUUUCCAGCGGUACUUAAGAUCUUCCCGUUUCUUCCGUGGUACCACUCUUCCAAGUUCUUCAAACAUUUUAGAUGAUGAUUAUAAUGGACAAGCUAAGUGUAUGCUAGAGAAAGUUGGAAACUGGAAUUUUGAUAUCUUCCUCUUUGACAGGCUAACAAAUGGAAACAGUUUAGUCACCUUAACCUUCCACCUGUUCAAUCUCCAUGGACUUAUAGAACACUUCCAAUUAGAUACAAUGAAACUCCGCAGAUUUUUAGUAAUGGUUCAAGAAGAUUACCACAGUCAAAAUCCAUAUCACAAUGCAGUUCAUGCUGCUGAUGUGACUCAGGCCAUGCACUGUUAUUUAAAGGAACCGAAGCUUUUCAACUCAUUAACUCCAUGGGAUGUUCUGCUCAGUUUAAUUGCAGCUGCCACUCAUGAUUUGGAUCACCCAGGUGUUAAUCAGCCUUUCCUUAUUAAAACGAACCAUUAUUUAGCAACUUUAUACAAGAAUACCUCAGUACUGGAAAAUCACCACUGGAGAUCAGCUGUGGGGCUGUUGAGAGAGUCUGGAUUAUUUGCACACAUGCCCCUAGGAAAUAGGCAACUGAUGGAAAGCCAGAUAGGAGCAUUGAUUCUUGCCACAGACAUCAGUCGGCAAAAUGAAUAUCUGUCCUUAUUUCGCAGUCAUUUGGAUAAGGGGGACUUAUGCUUGGAAGAGGAGAACCAUCGCCAUCUUAUUCUUCAGAUGGCUCUGAAAUGUGCUGAUAUUUGCAACCCCUGCCGGACAUGGGAACUGAGCAAGCAGUGGAGUGAAAAAGUAACAGAAGAAUUUUUUAAUCAAGGAGAUGUAGAAAAAAAAUACCACUUGGGUGUGAGUCCAUUAUGUGAUCGACAGACAGAAACCAUCGCCAACAUCCAGAUUGGUUUUAUGACCUAUUUGGUGGAGCCAUUGUUUGCAGAAUGGGCAAGAUUUUCAAACACCAGGCUGUCUCAAACUAUGCUUGGGCAUUUGGGACUGAAUAAAGCUAGCUGGAAGGGCGUGCAAAGACAGCAGUCCAGCAGCGGUGAUGAUACUGAUCCUGCAUUUGAAGAAAUGGACUCUGAUGUAAUACCUCAGGAACAUCAGCUAUCCUGACAUCAGGAUCUGCUUGACAAACUGCCUCUUGCCCAGUAUCUGCAGGACAGGGUUCGGGGAUAAUAUUUUUUUGGUCUGACUGCCAAGGUUUCAGUAUAAACAAUGCCAGCAUUAUUUAUUUCCAAGUUUUUUCUUUUGAUCAUUUGAACCCAGUUUUUGGUUACAAGAUCUGAACGUAGAGCAAUAUGCAUAUACACCUUGGUUGGCUUUUGCAUGGAACCUUGAAUAUGCAAACCAGAGGCAUGGUUGAACUUAUGGGAAAAAGAUAAGAUGUCUUGUUACGUGCCACAUUUUUGUUUUUAAAGAAGAAGUUUAAAAUAAGGCCUUCAGAGUUACCACAGGACACGGAUAACCACUCCCUUGGACUUUAGCAACUCCAUUCAGUCCUUGUCCAAAAUGUGGCAAUGUGAAGUGGCCGUUUUUGGCUGCCUCUGACAAGAACUGAUGUUUACAAAUGUACCUGGAAACUAUAGGUUCUAAACUAACGUUUGUGCAUGGCUGUGAAGAAACCACUAACUUUAAAACAACAAAAGAUCAAAUCUGAAACUGCAGCUCAUUUUCCUCUCACUAAGAGAAAAGCCUGCCAUGUCAUAAUUUGGCUAUGGUUUGGGAAACUGAGAGUUUUAACACAAAGCUCAGCCAAGUUUCAACUCCAGUGUGGAAUGGGACCGCAAGAUGAACAGGCAGAAAAUAUUUCUGAAUCUUGGGAGGGGAGGCGGGAUGGGGUUGAGGAGAGGAAGAGUCCUAAUUUGUGUGAAGAUCCUGCAGUGAAAACAUUGCAUGUUGUUUUCGCUAUCGACACUUGAACUGCACAUGCAAGAAACAAGGUGGAAUGACUACGAAACACCAGAAACAGCUCAGGGUAUUUGCCAAUCUGAAAUAUGGUGGGAUGGGAAGUGUGUCCUUCAGAACAAGGGUACAAAUGCCCCUUUCGCUGCAGUGUGCGUGCGUGAGUAUGUGAGUGUGAAUAUUUAGGGGGAGGUGGGUGGGUAGGUGGGGAAGAUGGGAAGGAGCUGACAGGCAAGGUUUUUUUAUUUAUUGUUUUUAGAAUGUGACAUUUUCAUGAGCAGCCACAUGGGGGGAGGGGAUUAAUAGGUUGCUACAGCUGCCUUAAACUAUGCACAAAGCUAAGUGACCAAAUUUUGUUGUAGAUUGAAAAAGUGCAUUGUUUACUUAUUCCUCCCUCUGCUGAAAUGUUACCCUUUGUUGGGUUUUUUGAUGUGAAAAGGAGAAAUGUUUUUAAGGACAAAUUUUAAGGACUAAUUUUUAAACUUCAAGCAUUCCUUUUUUUGUAAUUUGUUUUUUUUACAUUGUUUUAAGUACUGUAAGCACAACUGUAAUCUAUUUUGAGAAACUGGUGCUUUCUUUUUGUUCAUUUGUAUUUCCCUUGUUCUUACUGUAAAGACUGUUUAUUCCAUUCUGUUUACAGUUUGCAACAGCCAUUUUUGGGAGAGAGCUUCAGAGUAAAGCCAUUGGUUAGAGGCUUUGCCAUACUCAUUUUAAUGUGCCUGUUGCUGUUAACCUUUGAUUAAUAAAAAAACUUUUCACAUUA